GUGUUUCCGCCCCGGGAGGGGGAGGUCCCCAUCACUAAUCAGUGGUGAACAGGCAUCCUGACUGACGCGCUCCUGUGGUGUGCAGUGGAGUGGAGGGUUGGAGGAGGAGAGGAGACGGGACUGCUCUGGCUGCUUCAUCAGUUUCCCGUCGGCUUCAGCGCCGUUUACUCUCCGAUCGUCGCUGGCCAUAAGCUGCCAACUUCCCCACAGAGGGCCUCCCACCCAAAGGUUCGCUUGGUCUACACAACAGCUUAAUUCAGCCCGACAGAACUUGCUGGAGCCCACCAGCCAGGCCUCUCUGAGACGCUCGGCCGCCAGGCACCGACGAGUUGCGUGUGGAUCCCGAGCCUCGCUCCCUCGCAGAAAGCGUGGAAAAGUCGUGCGAGUGCAACACCAACAACAACAAAAACUCCACAGCGAAGCAGCCGACGUACACCAAACUCAUGGUGCAGACGGCGGCGGGUGGCGGGAAGCAGUGAGCCCGGGCAACAGCGUCGAGCGCCACUCAUGUUCUCCUCAACCCCGGAGGAUCAGAGCGCUCCCACCAAGGAUCCCGUCAAGUACGGAGAACUCAUCGUGCUGGGAUUAUUUUUGUUAUUUCAUACUGUUUUCCAGGUAGUCAACUGUAAAGGGCAACAUAGCAUCUCAUAUACAUUAUCCAGAAAUCAGACUGUGGUGGUAGAGUAUACCCAUGACAAAGAUACAGACAUGUUCCAGAUUGGGAGGUCUACAGAGAACCCCAUCGACUUUGUGGUUACAGACACUGUUUCUGGUAGCCAGAGUAAUGAUGAGACACAAAUUACUCAAAGCACCAUCUCUAGAUUUGCAUGUAGAAUAGUUUGUGAUAGAAACGCUCCAUAUACUGCGAGGAUUUAUGCUGCAGGAUUUGAUUCAUCGAAAAACAUAUUUCUUGGCGAAAAAGCUGCAAAAUGGAAAAAUCCUGAUGGUCAUAUGGAUGGGUUAACGACCAAUGGUGUAUUGGUAAUGCAUCCUAGGGAAGGGUUUACUGAUGAAUCUAGGCCUGGAGUGUGGCGAGAAAUUUCCGUUUGUGGAGAUGUCUACACAUUAAGGGAAACGAGAUCAGCACAGCAAAGAGGAAAUCUGGUGGAAACUGAAACAAAUAUUCUUCAAGAUGGCUCACUUGUUGAUCUUUGCGGAGCCACUCUUUUGUGGAGAACAGCAGAUGGCUUAUUCCUUACUCCUACUCAAAAACACAUCGAGGCUCUUCGACAGGAGAUAAAUGCUGCCAGACCUCAGUGCCCGGUUGGUCUUAAUACCUUAGCAUUUCCCAGCAUUAAUCGCAAGGACAUUGUGGAAGAGAAACAGCCAUGGGCUUACCUCAGCUGUGGGCACGUCCAUGGUUACCAUAAUUGGGGACAUCGCAGUGAUACAGAAGCCAAUGAGCGAGAAUGUCCCAUGUGCAGAACUGUGGGUCCAUAUGUACCUCUUUGGCUGGGUUGUGAAGCAGGAUUUUAUGUGGACGCAGGCCCUCCAACACAUACAUUUAGCCCAUGUGGACAUGUGUCUUCUGAAAAAACAGCAAAAUAUUGGUCACAAAUUCCGUUACCACAUGGUACUCAUGCAUUCCAUGCAGCGUGCCCUUUCUGUGCAAUCCAACUAAAUGGAGAACAAGGCAUCAUUAAACUAAUUUUCCAGGGACCAAUUGACUGAUGAAGAGUUGAAAGACGACGAUCGAACCGUUUUGAGAAAUACUGUGAAAAUAAUCCACUGUCACUGUAUCUCCGCUAUUCCUGGUUAAUCUUUUGUAAAGGUUUUGGGGAAAGGUGGGGAGACAAGUGAGUAGAUUGGUGUGGGAUGCGUGUUUCAGUGAUGCAGAUGAUUAAUAAGUGUUUUAUGGGUGAGGGUUUAGAGGUGCCAUUCAUAAAAGCCACAACUAAAAAUGAGAGUUAUCCUAUUGUUCUAACCUAUUUUGCUACAAUGUGUCCUUUGUAUAAUUUUAUAAUUUAUAUGGUUUUAAUAUAUUAUGUUAUAUGCUUGAACGGCCUGUCAGGAUAAAGCUGUAAAUCAUUUUAUGGCUAUAGUGUAACCUUAGCAGUAAAUUAUUUACUUACUUAGAGAUGCUUUCUUUUAGUAAGAGCAUUUAGUAAUGAUCAUUCACUGCAGUUUGGUUUAAAUUCUCAGGUGUGUAGGUAAAUAUUGAGAAGCAAAAUUGAGAUCAAUGGCAAGGCGAAUUAGUAUUUUCUACCUUCUGAAAUAUUCUGUAAAAGCUUUAAAAAUAUUUUGCAAAAGUGUUGCUGAAAGUCUUAGCAAUAUUGUACUAUGAUUACACUUAUUUUUGAAUAAAGGGAUCAUCUGUGAAAUCCUACUCCAUCUUCAGGUACACAGGGAAAUAUUGUGACAAUUUAAUUGAAACUGAAUUAUCAAUUUUGUUUUAUACUGUUGUGUACCAGUUACAUUUUUUCCAUUUGCUGUCUAAUCUUCAUUGUGACUUUGAUACUAUUUAUAGUCCCAAUGAUUGCUGCUCUUUAUGUUACUUAAAUUGCCCAUCUUCUGUUCUAAGUACAUAUUCAAUAUAGCAAACUGCAAAUACCUGCAUAAAUAUCUUUAAUGAUUCAAGGAUGGAAGUUAUAAUUGAUAGCAGCUGAGUAGCAUGAAUAUUAAAAGGAAUUGAGCAGUGAUCCUAAAUUAAUUACAGGUUGUAAUAAUCCAGAAUCUUUGCAACUUUCUAAAUGGAAAGAUUAUCCAGAAUUUUAAAUUGUUUAACAGCCGAAUCAUAAUUAAAAUAUUUAUAAUGCAGAUGUAGCUUUUGAAAUGUAUGCUAAUAUUUCUCCAGGGUUAUUUUUGCAAUUCUUUUGGGUAAAUCAUGUUGUUUAGAAUGUAUGAAAUUGGAGAUGUAACUUGGUAAAUAUAGUAUUUACCAAGGUAAAAAAAACUGAUUCAGGAUACAAAUGCAUUUUUUCUCUUCUUGCAUUGAGGUGCUUUUGGUAAAGAUACUAUUAUUUUCACAAACAAGUAUCUUGAAACUAUAAAAAUCACACAUGGCAGAAUGAAAAUCUAUCUGAAUUUAUAAAACUUUGUUUGCGUAAUGCUUGCAAUUACUUAAUUGAGGUUAAGCAGAUUUGCAUAUCUGACUGUUAUUGACUCCCUGUCGAUUUAAAUUGAUUGUUUUAUUUGCUUAUUAUGUACAGAACAAUUUGGAGACUUGAGUAGGAUAUGUUUCUGAAUGUGGCAUUAUCCAUAUUUUUACAAUUUCCAAAUUUUCAGUGUGGAUCAAAAGUCAAGUGACCAGAUAUUACCCUUUAGGAUCUUGUACAUUAAUUUCAAUUACCACUGAUACUUUCCAUUACGUGGAAAUAUGCUCAUGGAAAUUCAGUAAAGAUUAAUAUAUUUAUUCGCCUUUUUAUAUUUUAUAACAUUGUUUAUUGUCCAUAAUUGAGCAUUACAAUAUGUUAAAAAGUACACCGGGAUUAUCGGAUUUGACCGUUGCUUAAUUCCACUGUGGAUAAUUCCAGGUGACUGACCCUGGUAACAAACGUGUUCUGUUUUUACAGAGUCAGUUAGUAAAAUAUUCAAUAUUGUAACCAUACCCCCUCUGUUUGGUAAUGGAUUGCAUCAAAAGCACAUAAGAUUGAUAAGAAAGAAUGAUUACUAAAAGUGGAGAGAGGAAACUUGUUCUGCCGUUCAUAGGAAUGAUUGUUUGUCCGUAUGUUGGACUUUUCAAUUUAAUAUUAUGGAAGUUCAUUCACAUGUAAGGGUGUCCAAAAAGAGGCUGUUCAUAAUCCGGGGUCGGCCUGUAUAAAAAGAUUAACUAUUGAAGGACUAACUAAGUAUUGUAGUGGUGUUGAGCACUCAGCAACAUAAUGAUAAAUCUUGUUGGAAAAAUCCAGUAUUACAAAAUAGUCGAAGUUCUUGCAAAGUUGUUCGAAAGGUCCAUGUUGAUUUUGUCAGUAUUCUGCACAAAUGUUAACCUUGUCUGCAGGAAACUCCAUUUGUAAUAACAACAGUGGAGGAUUAAAAUUGCAAUAGUCAGUGCAGAGAUGGCCUUUUUUGAUUUUUACUUUUCCGAUUGUCACAGCAAUGCUAAUUUCUGAAGAGUUUACUGAUUAAAUUUUGGGGUUAUUGCCUCUUAAGGUGUGCACCAUUGAAAUUUCCUCAGUUAAAAUAUAAAUAACAUUUGGUUUGGUAAAGAAUUUUGCCUAGGAUGCUAAUUGAUUUCUUGUGAUGUAUCACAUGCUAAUAAAGGCAUUUGCAAAAAUAA